AUGACACUGGCAACUGCAACCUUCUUCGGCACUACCGUGCCCACGCAGAAGCUCGCGUCGCGCAACGCAGGACGUAAGAGCGUCGUCACAGAGGCCAAGUCGGUCUCCAAGAAUGUCCAGCGGGGCCUGAACAGCGAGGUGCGAAAGGCAAAGAAGCUGCUGCCCUGGGACCAGAAGCUGUUUGACACCGCCCCCGGCCGCGCUAAGAACAUGAGCAAUGCUCGCAAUGUUCCGCGCAAGGGCGGCUUUGGCGGAGGCGGCGCCUACCAGAAAAUCAGCAAGAACAUCCCAAGUGCUGCUGGCACCAAGCCCUGGGCGAAUGUGGACCCCCUCCUCUAUGUGGGAGGCCUCAUUGGAGUGUUCCUGGCACUGACUGUACCCACCAUCCUCUCCAACGGCUCAUGA